ACCACAAAACCUUCCUCCAUUACGGCGCUUUUCGUUUUCGUGUUUUAGGGUUUCCGAUCGAGAUCGCGGCGAGGACUGAAGCCGGAGCGGAGAAGAAGACAUGGUGCACGUCUCUUUCUACAGGAACUAUGGAAAGACGUUCAAGAAACCUCGUCGUCCUUAUGAGAAGGAGCGUCUGGAUGCAGAACUUAAACUUGUAGGUGAAUAUGGGCUUCGUUGUAAAAGGGAGCUAUGGAGGGUUCAAUAUGCAUUGAGCCGAAUCCGUAAUAACGCAAGAAUGCUUUUAACUCUGGAUGAAAAGAAUCCGCGUAGGAUUUUUGAGGGAGAGGCUCUGCUUAGGAGGAUGAACAGGUAUGGACUUUUGGAUGAGAGUCAAAACAAGCUUGAUUAUGUUUUGGCACUUACGGUGGAGAAUUUCCUUGAGCGUCGUCUUCAAACCCUCGUAUUCAAGUCUGGAAUGGCGAAGUCUAUUCAUCAUGCUAGAGUGCUCAUCAGGCAAAAGCAUAUAAGGGUUGGGAGGCAGGUGGUUAACAUCCCUUCUUUCAUGGUGAGAGUUGAUUCUCAAAAGCACAUAGACUUCUCUCUCACUAGUCCAUUUGGUGGUGGUCGCCCCGGAAGAGUGAAGAGAAGGAACCAGAAGGCAGCCGCCAAGAAGGCUGCUGGUGGAGAUGGAGAUGAAGAAGACGAGGAUUGAGUUAUCGAGUAAACACAUAAUCCGAGAUGAUGGUAAAAGAUUAGCCAAGGAUCUCAGGUAUCUGAGAUUAACCUCAAGUCCUGUUUCCUUCUCCAGCUAACCUUGAGCUUUCUCUGUUGAUGAAAAUGUUAUGUUUUCUAGAAGUUUUGCUUUGAUUAAUUUUCAUUUAGAGAUCUUGAUUGUUCUUCGGUGGUGGCACUAGUUUUCAAUUUUGGACAAGCUUCUCUUUGGAUUUUGUUGUCACAUUUUUUAUGCCAUGAUAGGACUUCACUAAAAAUUCCUCUGCA